CGACGGCUUCCAUUUUCCCAGAAUGAUCUCCAUCGAUCGGAUCUGUCUCCAUACCCGUCCCGGAGGCCUGGGCCAUUAGUGUAGACAUCGGAUCGUCAACUCAUGUCAGGUUUCUCACAGCAGCUGGUCGAGACACAUUGCUGCUGCUAAGAAGGGACAGUGCUGAAGCUGUGAUACCGGACAUCGCGGCAGGUAAUCUUUGCCGUUGACUCAUCCCGGCGUAGGUUCAGUGUAGAAGAAAACCAUCCGACAGCAACCCUCAAACACAGCCUCAAAAGAAGAAUCCGCCAACUCCGAAAUUUACGCUGAGAACAUGGCAUCUCUCAGACGUUUUCUCGUCGUCAGUCUUGGCAACCCGGGAGAGUACCGCGAUACUUUUCACUCAGCCGGCCAUCUGGUGCUCGAAUCCUUUCAGAAAAAGCUUCCUGAAGACCUCGGACAGCCGUCUUUCACCUCGGAACGCUAUGGAAAGAAAGCCGUCCGUGCUUCCGCCGGAUCAAAGUACACUCUUUUACAAAGCCCUACGCUCAUGAACAUCACCGGGCCGUGGCUCGCUCGGGCGUACAAGGAUUACCUGGUCGACCAUGGCCUAAGCCCCGAAGAAGUUGGACUGGUGCUGGUCCACGAUGACCUGGAGGAAGAGUUGGGUGUCGUCAAGGUUCGACAGUGGAAGGCUAGCCAUAGAGGCCACAACGGCAUCAAGAGCGUGCUGGCCAGUUUGCCGCCGAUACCCGAUGCUAAGUGGGCGCGCGUGUCAAUAGGCAUUGGUCGGCCGGAUGAUAGGGACAGGACCACUGUGUCCGACUUUGUCCUCAGCAAGAUCCCAAGGCACGCCAAGGGGAUAUUGCAAGAUAAGGGGGGAAGCGGGCUGUGGGAGGCACUUGGCAAGUUGGAGAUAAAAUGGAACAAAUGAAGUUGUGGACAGUGGAGAGCAAGUACGAGAGAGCUGGGCCGGUGUUGCGCCAAUGAGUUGAGAUAAACUAUGAUACCCCGUUUUCCACC